AUGCAAAUUCUGGCGGUCUCUGGCAACGUCCUGACGGAACUCGCUGCCCAAAACAUCGACGGAACUCGCGAACCGCUGAGCCAGUUGGUGAAGACUGAGCUGCAAUCAAAGCUCGGCUUCAACGCGGCGCGCUUGCGACUGCUGUGGGAUGGACAGGAACUGCCCGAGCAGGGAUCCUACGAGGACUUGGGCCAGCCCAAAGAGCUUCAGUUGGUGGUGCUCCCUUACCGCCACGACCAAGCGGAUGCUUUGCGUUCGGCCUCCGCGCAAGGCAACUUGACAGAAGUGAAGGCACUGCUCCACCUGCCACAGGAUCCGAACAGUGGCGGAGACACUGGACCCCAAGCCUUCACAGCUCUGCAGUGCGCCGCAGAAUGCGGGCAUUUGGAGGUGGUUCAAACACUGCUACAGGCCCGAGCUGUACCGGACACCCAGCAGUUGACGCCGCUCUGGUUCGCCGCCGCGCACGGGCAUUUGGAGGUGGUGCAGUGUUUGAUGGACGCCGGAGCCUCCAAGGACAAAGCGGAGCAGAGCGGCAGCACAGCGGUCCAAGUCGCAGCCGCCAAUGGGCAGCUGGAAGUGGUCGACUGCUUGCUAAAUGCGGCGGCAGACUUGAAUAAACCCGAUCGCUUCGGCAUCUCCCCGUUGCGCAUCGCAGCAGCACGGGGGCACCUGGAGGUGGUGCAACGGCUCUGCAACGCCAGGGCCGAGGUGGAUCAAGCGGAUUUGGAAGGGCACACGCCACUCUGGAUGGCGUCAGGUGUUGGACAGAGCAAGGUGGUUGACUAUUUGAUUAGCAUCAAAGCUGACAUGGACCGCCGGGACUUCUCGGGUGACACGGCCUUGCGCACCGCCGCGGCGCGGGGACACGAGGAGACGGUGCAGUGCCUGGUGGCCAAACGGGCGGAUCUGAACCUUCCUGGGAGAAAUGAAACGCCUCCGCUUCUCUCGGCCAUCUCCAACGGCCACGAGCGCAUCGCGGAGCUUCUCUUAGCCGCCCAGGCGGAUCUCCAGCAGUGCGGCUGGUUUGGACGGACGCCGCUGUGGGAGGCGUCCUCCAAAGGUUAUGUGAAGAUGGUCACGAUGCUGUUAGAGCAGCGAGCAGAUGCCAAUCAUCAAGACAAGGGCGGCACUACAGCUCUCACCUCUGCUGCAGCACGGGGUUAUGUCUCCAUCGUCCAGCUCUUGUUGGAUGCACUGGCAGACCAGAACCGUUCCGACGAGCGCGGCCAAUCUCCCUUGAUCGCCGCCGCGUCCUUCGGGCAGCGCGAGGUGGUGCAACGCCUGUUGCAGGCCCGCGCAGACCAAGCGCCCAGCGAACGUGCCACGGGGCACACGGCGCUGCACGCCGCGGCGGAUGCGGGGCAUCUGGAGGUGCUGCAGUGCCUGCUGGAGUCGCGGGCGGACCGACAUCUCAGCGAUCGUCAGAACCGCACCCCCUUGAUGCUGGCCGCGGCGGCGGAGCAUCGAGACAUCGUCCGAGUGCUGGGCGACGAGGCAGAUAAUUCUUCACAUUGCCUCAAAAAGGCCAGACGAGACGAGAAGUUGUGA